AUGUGGUUUACGUGGAUAUCAGUGGUUUACCUAAAUUUCAUUCGAACCAGUGCGCAGUUCAAUAUUCAAGAGUGGCAAUAUCGAUCACCUCAUCAGCAACAAAUAACAGAAAAACCCAUUUUCUUCCCUUAUUACCAACGAUCAUACUCAAAAAUACCAAUGCCAGAAAGUUUAUUACUUCCAAAAGUAUAUGGAUUCAACCCAAACUUAUAUCCGAUAUCGCUUCCAAUCUCCGCUGAGCAACCAUUCUCUCUAGGAGCUUUUACGGCUCCAACAACAAGUCUCCAGAAUCUUCCAUUCCAAUCGACCUGGAUGACUAGUAGUCCCCUACAAACAAAUCAGAUGGAAUAUGUUGGUCAUACCACGGAACUGAAAAGAAGUGGUAAUGUUAUGAAGUCCAUUUUAACAACAAAGGAAAAUGAUUACAAUAUCUCAGUUCACGUGAGAUCUAAGCUGCCGGACUUCUUAAGUGGAACAUCAGAUGAUGUAAAGAAGAAGUUUCACAAAAUCAUAACAAAUCCUGAUGAAAGUUUUCAACAUAAACAGAACAAACUUGAUCAACUAAUACUAAAUUUGGACAGCAAAAAUCAGGAACUGUACAAUCAAUACCGAAAGAUGAAAGAUUUGGAAGAGAGAGAAAAACGUGAACGAAUUCAUGCUAUUGUCGCAGGCAUGUCUAACAAAGCGCAAGCGGUUUUUGCAAAGUUAUCGGCAGUAUUGAUGAAUCCAGAAAUGAAGGAUAUUGAUCGGAUGAAUAAAAUCAAUGAUUUUUACAAAAGUGUGGAUGAAGAUGUCAAGAAUGAGUUUAAAGAUAAGAUGUAUGACCUGAAUUGGCAAUUAUAG